AUGUCUGACUCCGAGGACAUGACGGAGUUCGCCAGCAUCGUGGAGCGCAUCGAGCGGGGCGAGGUUCCGAUCAAGAACAUCGAGAGGGAGCUGAUAUGCCCGAUCUGCAAGGAGCUCUUCACCCACCCGCUGAUCCUGCCCUGCCAGCACAGCGUCUGCCACAAGUGUGUCAGGGAGCUGCUCAUGAUGAACCACGAGGACUCCUUCGACGCCGGCUCCGAGUGCUCCCUGCCGGGCAGCCCCAGGUCCAGGGUGCCAUCCCCCUCCAUGGAGAGGCUGGACAGGCUCGUGAGAUCAGGUUCCAUCUCGUCCCCGGGGUGGCGCCGAGGCUCUGUGACUCCCCGGGUCACCACCAUCCCGUGCCCGGGCUGCCACCACGACAUCGACCUCGGCGAGCGCGGCAUCAGCAUGUUGUUCCGUAACUUCACCCUGGAGAGCAUCGUGGAGCGCUACCGGCAGGCGGCCCGCGCCGCCGUCGCCAUCAUGUGUAACAUCUGCAAACCUCCGCAGCAGCAGGAGGCCACGAAGAGCUGCAUGGACUGCAAGGCCAGCUACUGCAACGAGUGCUUCAAGCUGCACCACCCCUGGGGCACGCCCAAAGCCCAGCACGAGUACGUCGGUCCCACCACGAAUUUUAGGCCCAAGGUGCUCAUGUGUCCCGAGCACGAGAUGGAGAAAGUGAACAUGUACUGCGAGGUGUGCAGACGGCCGGUGUGUCACUUGUGCAAGCUGGGAGGAUCCCACGCCAACCACAAAGUCACCUCCAUGAGCAGUGCCUACAAGAUCCUCAAGGAGAAACUGGCCAAGAGUAUCCAUUACCUCAUCAGCAAAGAGGACCAGGUCAGGACUCAGAUUACUGAGCUGGAGGUGCUCAUCAAUCAGACCGAGGAAAACGGCCAGCUAGCAGAGCGUCGAGCCAACGAGCACUUUGAGCGUCUGUUUGAGACUCUGCAAGAGAGAAAAUCGGAGAUGCUGAGGUCCAUCGAACAGUCUCGUAACCGUCGCCUGGACCAACUCAAAGGCCAGGUGGAGGAGUACCAGGGCAUGCUGGAGAACAGUGGACUGGUGGGCUACGCUCAGGAGGUGCUGAAAGAGACCGAUCAGUCCUGCUUUGUACAGACCGCCAAGCAGCUGCAUGUCAGGAUCCAGAAAGCCACAGAGUCUCUGAGGACCUUCCACCCUGCAGCUGACCCCUGCUUUGAUGAGUUUGUGCUGGACACAUCCAGGGAGGAAACUCUGCUCAAAGAGAUGUGCUUUGGUGGAGUUCCAGACCCUCCUCUGAUCGACUUGUCCAGUAGCCGGGUCUAUAACGAGGCCUCAAUCUGCUGGAGGCUGUCAGAUGACCACCUACCCACAGAUCACCACGUGCUUGAAUACCGCAGACUUGGGGGCCCGAACCAGUCCCCUUCCCAGGAGGACGGUGAGGACAAUGGGGUCUGGAGGGCUACAGACAGGGUGUAUGGACCCAGCACUGUGGUGAGUGACCUGGAGCCUGACAGCCGGUACGCCUUCAGAGUCCGAAGCUGCAGGAACUCCAUGUUCAGCCCCUACAGCCCCGAGGUCAACUUCCACACACCACCUGCACCUGCUUUCGGUUUCCUGUUCAGCGAUAAGUGUGGAUUCAGCACAGAGCGGCUCAUUCUAAACAAGCGACGGGACACGGUGGAGAGCGUGGCAGGCAUGGCCUUCCUCCUCGCCGCUGAACGCAUACAGACAGGCAGCUACAUCGGACUAGAUUACAUCAUUGGGGACACGGGCAUCUCUCAGGGAAGACACUAUUGGGCCUUCAAGGUGGAACCGUACUCCUACAUGGUUAAAGUUGGAGUGGCCUCCGACACAAAGCUGGUUGAGUGGUUUCACAAUCCCAGAGAUACCAGCAGCCCAAGGUACGACCACGACAGCGGCCAUGACAGCGGCAGCGAGGACGCGUGCUACGAGCUCUCCCAGCCCUUCACCCUUCUCACCCUUGGCAUGGGGAAACUUUUCAUCCCCAAGGCUUCUUCAUCGUCCUCCGUUUCCACAGCAAACGCAGCAUCCGGUGACCCCGGCAGCCGCAUGCUUCCCAUGCCGCAACGACUGGGUGUAUGCCUAGAUUACGACGCAUGCCGGGUGUAUUUCUACGACGCCGACACCAUGAGGUGCCUUUACGAGAGGCAGGUGGAUUGUUCGGGAACUAUGUAUCCGGCUUUCGGCCUCAUGGGCAGCGGCAAGGUUCAGCUGGAAGAGUUCAUCACCACCAAGAGACUAACCUUCUGAGGAGGGAGGCAGUAUGUGGGACCAUUAGGACCCCGAUCGAUUUAAUCUUUGGCAUGUUCUGGGAAGAGCAGUUUUUAUUGACAGGGUGAUGGAGUACAAUCCAAACCAAUUUCUUUUGAGGGGCAGAUGAGGCAGAUGUGAUCAGAGCCUUUGGUUCUAAAUGUGAAAAUGGGAUCUCUGCCAGAGACUGGCCUAUUUAGAGCUGGCAUGUAUAAUGUAUGGCGCUGAGUAUCAGCGUCCACAUACAGAGGUCUCCAGAUAUAAAAGGUCUUCUCUACAUACCAAAGUCUCUGUAUCUGUUAAUUGUAUUUGACCUGGUUUUAAUUGCCAGCUAUGAUCAGCUGAUGAUGUAGAUUUGACUGCACACGUAGUCUGCAGUCACUUUAAAGUUUGUUUUAACAUGAAACGCCUUUGAGCUUACACUUACACUUCCUCCUUUGCCAGGUUUGUUUCUAGAUUAUUUUAUGUACGUUAAUUAUGGGAUGAUCUUUGAUCUUCAUUGGGCUGUUUUCUGUAACUAUUUGUCUAAACGUAGCAGCAUAGGUGUAGAUGUAAUCUUGGUGGACCUGGGAGAGCCUUGUAGCUACUUUGAAGCUAGCGCCUUUGUGCCUUUUUUGUUUUUUUGUUUGUUAGGAAAUGGGUCACUUAGUUUGCUCUAGCCAGCAGAUGUUGGUGUCAUUGCACAAACAUAAUGGAAAUACUUAUCAGCAUAAAUACUGUAUGUUAGAUCUACUGUAGGCAUAGAGUGAUCACAGACACUGGUGUCAAAGUUAAUGGUAUUCAUUACGACUUGUUAUUUACCUAUUUACUCUUGACGUUAUCACAAAAAAAAAAAACACUACUUUUCCUACUUGUCGCAGUUUCGUUGAGCUGUUUUUGCACAAUAUGAGUGAAUCGUCGCACAUGAUAAUCUUUACAAUCGUCACGUUUUGAUCACUACCUAGUUAGCUUCUUCACUUUAAAUGUCGUCGACACGCGUCCGUCGCCACACACUCGCAAAAGCGUCCAUCUUCACUAACAAAUGUGAAUCCUGGAGUAGUUACUUGGGUUUACAAGCCUCUCACUGUUUCUGCUCUUACAUGUGUUGCACAGCACACAGUGACUCUCAACAUCAUUGAAGCAUCCAGGUACCAGAACACCGUGUACUUGUAGCCAACAUCCGUUUGACAGCUGCAAAGUCACUAAUAGCCAAAGCUUUUUUUUUGGUUCCGGUGCUGACAUAAGUGCAACCCACAGCUUUGUGGUCUCACAGCCUUGAAAACAGUUUAAAAAAAACAAAAACAAACAAAACUCACAGUUAUUCAGGUUCUCACAAAAAGUGCUAUCACAAAACACACCUUUCAGUACUGAUGCUCUCAAAACCACCGUUUACUUGCAGUGCAGACACAUUAACUGUAGCUUAUUAGCAUGUUACGGUUUGAGUUUGGCUGUCAGACAGACGCCUAAGUGGUUGAUUGGCUUUGGUUGAAUCAGCUCACAUGUUAACGUCUUAAAGAGCACACUAGACAGACUGUUCGCUGGGAAACCACGCUUGUUUUCUUUUUGUACAGAGACAUACUGUAUAUGUGCCUGCACAUGGGUUUGUUCAUACAUUUAUAUAUAUUUUGCUUUCUGAAGGGUUAGGGUAAUCGGUGUGUGUGCGUUUUCUCAGGUUUCUGGCCCUGACCGGGGGCCCAAUGCUACCUACUACCUCUAUCCACCAGGCCUGGAAAACCUUAACUACUGUACCUUUCCUUACAGAAACGAGUUCGGUUUGAUUUACAGCUUUCUUUGUAACAGUCGGUUCAGUAUCUCCGCCUUCUCUCUGUCCGAUUUAAUAAGCUGAUCUUUCAAAAUGUUUGAUUUUCAAAUUCCAUGUACAUAUUAAUCCAGAGUGUAUUAUUUUCAGUGAAAUAAAGUAAAUCAUAAAUGUCCAUGUGGUUAGUUGCUGUUCGCUUGUGGAUCACUAUAGAUGGAAAUUACUGUAAGCAGAUGUUACUGUUCAGCUGCCUUUGUCGAGGGAGUGUUUGGGUUUUUGUUUUUUUUUCUAAUGGAACAAUCUUUUUUUCCCUUUUUGUGGUGUUGGUUUUAAUGUUUUAGAUAUCAAGUAUCGAAUUCAUAGUUUUGGGUUAAACACAUUUAAUAAAUUUGCUUAUUCAUUUAUCUGGACAGGAAAUGUUCAGAUGAAAUAUUCGACUACUGUGACCGUGUACAUAUUUCGUGUCGCAGGUGUUCAUGUUAAUUUUCACUCCAAUCCUCAAACGGCUGAACCCUGAUCCCUGUAUGUUAAAAUUGAGUUUUUCAACAUCCUAAAAAAUACAUCUAUGCAUUUAAAAAAAUAAAAAAGUCAGGGCAGGUUCAGUUUUAAUUCCUGUAACAGAAUGUAUUCAUAAUUGCAGAGCAAAUUGCUGAAUGUUCCUUUAUGUUUUUAAAGUGUUUUUUUUUUUUUUUGUUCCUAUUGAUUUGUUCCACUUGAGGUCACAGCACACUUGUAUGUAGUUACAGAAAUCUGAUCAAAGGCUUGUAAUCUUAACCACAGCUGAUACUAAAUUAAAUGCAUCCUGUAGCCUGCUUUUCAGUAAUUAAUUCCGAACCAAAUACGUUGCAGGCUGGCUCUCAAUCUAAUUCCAAGCUAGCACUUUAAAAAAAAAAAAAAAAUCUGUAGCAUGUCAGCAGCUGUUUGGCUCUGCAGGUGUGUAUAAUACGCGUGUGUGCAAUAUUACUGAAUGGGCUGUAGAACCGAAGAGUAUAUUUUAGACACAUAAGCCUAUAAAGACGAUUUGCACUGUUAACCGUUUAUAGGUUAUUUUGUGGUUUAAAAUGGGCUUUUCCUUCCUUGAUACCAAGUGAAUUUAAACACUACUUGUAAAUGUUUUUUCCCUAUCGGUAACUCUUUGAUUUUUUUUUUUUCUUCCUGAAAUUAGCGACAGUGCAUUUGUCCCCUUGUGUUUCCUUCAGAGGAUUGGAUGUGGUGUGUAAGUGGUGGAUUUCUGUAUGUGUACUAUGUAAAGAUGUGGAAAUAUUGUUCUUUGCUCUGAUUCCUGGAAAGGCUACACUUUUUAAUUUGCUGUGUGGGGAUUUCUUCCAAUAAACCUAGUGUGUUUUUAAAUCGA